CCUGGAACAAACCAAGUGCUGCAGAUAAGGUCCAAUCUUCUGGUUGGAAUCAGCAUGGGGAUGUAAAAGGAGCUAAUGAAGAUGGAGGACCAUCUGAUCCAUGGGGAAAAGCAGCAAGUAACAAAAGCGUAACUUUGGAUUCUGGUUGGAAGUCGUCAAAAGGAACUAUGGAAACUGGAGGCUCUGAUGUCCAAGCAGGUGGGUGGAACCAAGGAACUGGUACUUCUUUGGGCAGUGCAGGCACGUCUGGGACAUGGAACAAAUCAAAUGCUGCAGAUAGGGUUCAAUCUUCUGGUUGGAAUCAGCCUAAGGAUGUAGGAGCUAGUGAAGAUGGAGCACAAUCUGAUCCAUGGGGCAAAGCAGCCGGGAGCUCCUGGGGAAAGGGCAGUGGUGGAGGGACCAAAGGAGGCUGGUAAAAAUUCUUGAAAGGUAAAUAUAUCAUCUUAGGUUUCUCAUAAAGGGGCUGUAAAUACUGCUUUAUCUGUCUCUGGGGUGUUAUUUUGCAGAAAUGUUUUUCUUAUAACCAGCAUUAUGGUAACUAGUUGCAGACUUUAUCCAACUUUUUAGCGCCUCAGGUGCUGUUUAGGACCAUGUUCUGCUUGGUUUGUUUUGUUGAUGGAAUCUGUUAACUAUAAAACAAUUUGACAUGCCUGAGCAGUGUGCAUAUUACCGUUUCAA